GAUAUUCAACAACAAAUCAACAACUAAUUUUUUUCUAUAUAGAUUCUCAAUCAAAGACUUUCUCUUUGUUUUACAUAGUUUUCCUAAAGUAUAAAUAUAUGAAUAAUACUAUCAGUUUGAGUAACUUAUUCUCAAUCCUCAUUCUGGGUUUGUCUCUCUACUUAUUCUUCUUCCUUAAGCAAAACCAAUCUACUACUACUUCUCCUUCUUUUCAAAACAUGGCUGCAGAAGCCCCUAAAUCCAUUUAUGACUUCACUGUCAAGGAUAUUCACGAUGCUGAUGUAUGCUUGAAGGACUAUGCUGGAAAGGUUCUUCUGAUUGUCAAUGUUGCUUCCAAAUGUGGCCUUACUGAAUCCAACUACAAGGAACUGAAUGAAUUGUAUGAGAAAUACAAAACCCAAGGGUUUGAGAUACUUGCAUUCCCUUGCAACCAGUUUGCUGGUCAGGAACCGGGAACUCAUGAUGAGAUAAAAGAAGUUGCCUGUUCAAAGUUCAAAGCCGAAUUUCCCGUAUUUGCUAAGAUUGAUGUUAAUGGGAAGGAUGCCGCACCACUCUACCAGUAUCUCAAAUCACAAAAAGGUGGGUUAUUUGGUAAUGCAAUCAAAUGGAAUUUCACAAAGUUUCUCGUAAACAAAGAGGGAAAGGUUGUUGACAGAUAUGCUCCCACCACAGGUCCACUCAGAAUUGAGAAAGACAUCCAAGGCCUUUUGGCAGUUUCAGCAUCAGCUCCCUAGAGAUAAAUUAUGGAGCUGCAAUCUCACUCCAUGUAUGAAUAAAUAUAACAUUGUGUCAGUGAGUUCAAAUAAAAAUGGAUUACCUUUUGUGUUUACAGUUUGAAAGUUUGGUUCUUGAUUUACUGUUAGUUGCUCUUCUCUUAUACUUGUUAUCAUAUUGUAUGUAUGUAUGUAUGACCCUUUUACUAUGGGAAAUAAAAUGGAAAUAUUUUGGAACA